AUGUGGGGUACUUUCACUGGCGGUGAGGCGAAGCUGCCGCUUUGCAAUAGCAAUGACGAUGACUCGAGCUCUUUCUGCGAUGGUGGCGAGGACGGGGUUCUCUUUGUGCCAGACCCCAUCUUCGACCUCACCUCACUGCAGCAGAAAGCGGUGAUGCCAUGCCUGACGCAGGACGAGCUCCCGCUUGGAGCGACGGUGUGGGUGGUUGACGAGGAAGACGUAGCCACGCAGCUCGCCUGCAAUUUUAGCACAUCGUAUCUGUCAGUUUGCAACGGGCGACUGAGUGGCGAAAUAGUGCGGCACACCGGGCAGAUGACGUUAGUUCGCUUUCACAGUAAGGCGUCAGACUUGCACUUCAGCUUGUGCCUGCCCACGUCAUGUUUGUCGCUGCAGCCAAUCGAGCCUUAUGACAGCCUGCCGCAUCACAGCGACUCCUACGGGCUCAGCUCAGGCGCGUACGGUAUGCUGGGCCCUCGAGCCACAUGUCGGGAGCGCGCGGGGAGUAGUGGGCACGACGGCUGUGUGGGCCAGUGCCUUUUUGAAGCGAUGCCGGCAUACGACUUUGAGAAGGUGCGAGGGACGACGCUGGAGAAGGCGCAGGAGGCAUUCUUUGGGGGAACCUUCGAGAAAGCACUGAGAUCCGUGAACAAGUACAUCGAGACGCAGCCCAUGUCACCGACCACCAGCAGCUGUACCGCCACCAAUUCAAACUCCAACCUUUCCAUAGUCGAUGACACAGCACCGAAGGCUGCUGCACUCGUAGACGCCCUUAUCCUGCGCUCGCGUAUACUGGUCUUUCUCGAACGCUACCAUGAAGCUCUCGACGACGCGCGGCGGUGCAUUCAGCUAGAGCCGAGCUGGGUGCGCGGGUAUUUGAGCCUGGCACGCGCGCAUUGCGGGCUAGGUCAGUUCAGCGAGGCUGCAGCAGCCACCACGAACGCGUGUAUCAUCUUGCCCUACAGCUUGGAGCUAGAACGCAUUCGGGAGUUGAACAACCACAUGCACUACCUGCAGUCUCAGCUGCGGGCCGAAAAGGCCAGUUGCUUCUUGGUACUCGAUUGCUAUUAUCGCAAACGACUUUUCGUUAGAACCCCUGUGCCAGCGGAGACGUUGCUAUGCGCCGAAGGUACGCCGAUCGUCGCAACGCACUCGGUAUUUGUAGCCAAGGAACCGCCACACCGGUGCCCUGUGUGCUUUCGCCCAUUCAGCACGUCUGAGCGGCCUAGCAGCAGUGCCGCGGACCCGUCGUCUGCGGUGCUGACCACAGCAGCUUUGAGUACUCCAACCACCGCGGCCAUCUCAACAUCGCUCCCCUCGCCGAGAGGCACAGACGUGGAGGACGACGUCGAGUACUGCAGUACUGAGUGCACGCAACGAGCCAGCCUUUACCGACCACUUGAGUCGAAGCAUCGUGCGCCGCUAGAGGAAGUCCGGUCGCUCAUCCUCUCAAAAGGUGCCAUCACGCUCAACGUGUUGCCGCUGGAGAUGGCCGCCAUGACGGUGCGUCUCUUCCUCAUGGUGGUCACGAUUCACCGUCGUCUCUCCGCAAAGCGGCGACUUGAAGACUCGAGCCGGCGGUAUCUCGACAGCUCGGCACCAUGUUGCUCGCGUGAUAAGACGCAUACGUGGCCUGAGGUGGACGCACACGGAAGCGGCGCACUGAGUAAUGCGCAUUGCCCUUCACCAUCCCCGCCGGUGCGCCUGGAGACGUCUCUGCGGCGGCUUGGUGUCUACCCGCUCUGCACGGAGCCCAUCGCAAGCAGUAAGCUGGACGAGCUAAAGAUUGUGUACGACGCGCUCACGGUGGACUUCAAGGCUGAGGACCGUGCCACCUUUUCCUACGAGGUUUUCUCACGGCUCUAUGCAUAUGUCUCAGCGUACUUCACCCCAGUAGAGCUGCACUCGCUUCAGUCGUUGGAUUCACCGGGAGGCGCCUCUGCCCCACAGACCGUCUUUUACCUGCCUCACUACGUUGGCUGUAUCGAAACAUCCAGGGUCAUAUCUUACACAUCGGGUUCACGGCGCAGACGGUCAAACGAAGGGGUGGCGCCGGCUGAGGGUGAGCUGCUUGACUCUCGCGUUAUGGAGCGACCUUCAAUGAGUGACAUUGCCGCAUCGAGCAGUAUGCAGAGUAGCACCACACCCAGCCACUUGAGCAGUCCCACCAUUUCCACCAGCGUCAAGAACGAGCUUUUCGAUGUAAGUAAUAACGAGGCAAAUUGUGUUGUACGAAUGGGCCCACAUCCAGGGUUGCUAGAGCUGGUCACAGUGGUACCAGUCAACCGAGAGCGAAAGCUGCGCUGCGUCCCCCUGACGGUCGCACUUGACUCUAAUGCGGCGUAG